AGGUAAACAUUAAGGCUCGUUCUCUCAGCUGCUAAGGCGGUUUGGUCGGAUUUUGGUCAUCAUCCGCGGAGAUAUGGUUUGCGGACAAUUGGUGUCUUUUGGAAAACAUUUCAUUUAUAUAGUCAGCACCUCCCAACGGGAUUAUGAUGACGUCAGGGCCUUGUUGUCGUGUGAAAUAAGUGAAUUGUUGGCUGAAGAGUGGGCCAUAUCGAAUUGAUAACAUCUGGAGCCGAGUAUCCGAGAUGGUGGGUUACUUCAACGCCGAGGACGGUUCAGGUUGCGGUGGUGCGGAGUGUACUGGUCCCAUGGUGCCCGAGCAGCACCCCGACGAGCAAGAAGCACCCGUCAAGCGGCUAGUGUGCAGCCCGGAUUUGCCUGUCUUCUCGCUAACACAUGCGUUCGAGGAGGCUGCGGCGGCCGCCGUCGUUGAGUCGUCUGCAUCCCCAGCCUCCGCCCCAGUGCCGGGAGAUAAGGCGUAUGAGUGUUCGUUCUGUCACAAGACUUUCCCACAGAAGAACACGUAUCAGAAUCACUUACGUUCCCACGGAAAGGAAGGCGAGGAUCCGUACCAAUGCAACAUUUGCGGCAAGACAUUCGCUGUUCCCGCCCGACUGACACGUCACUACCGUACACACACGGGUGAAAAGCCAUACCAGUGUGAGUAUUGCAGUAAGUCCUUCUCCGUGAAGGAAAAUCUUAGCGUCCACAGACGCAUACAUACGAAGGAGCGACCAUACAAGUGCGACAUUUGCGCCAGGGCUUUCGAACACAGUGGCAAGCUGCAUCGCCACAUGCGAAUCCAUACGGGCGAGCGCCCGCACAAGUGCGGAGUCUGUGCCAAGACUUUUAUUCAGAGCGGACAGCUCGUCAUCCAUAUGAGGACCCACACGGGCGAGAAGCCCUACGUGUGCGCAGCGUGCGGCAAGGGCUUCACCUGCUCAAAACAACUGAAGGUGCACACGCGUACCCACACCGGAGAGAAGCCGUAUUCCUGCGAUAUUUGCGGCAAAGCGUUCGGCUACAACCACGUGCUGAAGCUCCACCAAGUGGCACACUACGGAGAAAAAGUGUACAAAUGUACCAUAUGCAGCCAGACAUUUACGUCAAAGAAGACCAUGGAAGUUCACAUCAAGAGUCAUUCGGAACCCUCGAGCACAGCUCGGAGCCCGCAACCACCCGCAGCGCCCUCGACAGGGCGACAGAACACCGAUCUCGGCGAAUCAUCAUGCGCGUCAUCCAGUAGUGAUAAGGAGAACAAGAGCGACAGCGAUUGCGAACAUCCGCCCCGGAUUCCACCUGUCGAGAAUGAGUUUGACUCAGCCUCUCCGAACACAGCAGUGCCCUUCUCCCCACCUGUACCGUUGCCCCAGCAAGAACAGUCACAGCCACACCCCAAUAUGCGGGAGCUCUGUUACUAUCUGUACCCUGGCGGAACGCCGUACCAGCAGCGUUUUCCGGCGUCCUCUUCCUCCGGGGUAAACCCCGUUCUACUUGCUGUCGCCGCAGCUGCAUCUGAGGGCCGGAGCUUGUCACCUCUUCCCGGCACAGAAGAGCGGAAUGAAGACAGUGUAGUAUUACGGAAGCGGCAGGAAGAGUUCCCACCGGAGCCUUCACUGCCCGUCACAGAACCCUCAGUGUACUUGUGUCCAGAACCCCUCCCAUCAAUGCAGCGGCGAUCGUCGCCAUACCAUUUUCAGCUGCCACCACCAGAGUACCUGGAGGAGCCUGUGCACAUUAGCUUGCCAUUGACGCCUGCUUACAGCAGCCCCAGUAGUAGUAGCAGCUCCAGCAGCAGCAGGCAACGACGACCAGAGGAUGCAGAUGAGUCAGAGAUGGAACCCUCGGUUUCAGCAGAUGAGCAAGACCCUCUCCUGACACCCCCCAGUAGCAACCCUGUGAGUCCUGUCCCCUCCACCUCUCCAGACCCAGUUGAUCUCGCCACAGUCAGCAGGGAGGUUCUCAUUCUGCCACCACGAAAACGCUCAAAAAUGAUACUCAAAUCCAUGGAAACGGCAGCGCCAGAAGUGGUGUCUGUCCGAUCUAGAUCGGUCAUUCACUACGCAAGGGCCUCGUAAUGAACUCAGGCUCAAGGUUAAAAAGGUUUGAUCUCACAGACUGAUCUUCUAGCUAGCACGGAAACCUCAAUAAUGUCUGUGAUAAAUGUGGUAUUCAGGCCUCUAAGGCAAAACAGUGUUCCAUUCCGAAUUAAUAGUGUGCGCCAUUGCACUUCACAGAAGCAAUAACAUUAACAUACACAGAAGUCAGUGUCCACAGAGUUUUUGGAAUUGGAGUGACAUUGUUUCUGAAAUACGUUUAUAUAUGUGUAGGCACUUGUCUUAUGUGGGCAGAUGAAAAUUAUGUUCCAAAUCAACUGUUGCAAGAAAAUAUGCUUCAUCGUGUGCAUGUAUUGUAAAUAGUAUAAAAUACCAAGACUGUAAAUAUAAUUUAGUGUUAUUUUACCGCCAGUUCCUUAUGUGAGCAUGCAGGUUGUAUACUUUACUGAUUUUGUACAUAAAAAACCCAGCUUGUAUGUAGAUUUAAUAGAAAUGGAAUAUGAAUUGUAAGUGCCAUGUAACCGAUGUCAAUAUAAGUGUCCUAGUGUAGUUUGUCAUGUGUUUACACAGGUGUCCACUAUGCACUAAUAUGAUAAGCCUUCUGGAAUGCAGGUGAUUCUUGAAGGUCAAGAAGUAGCAGAGAAUGUGAUGUAAACGUUUUGUUAAACCUUUCACAAAACCAUAUAAUGUGUUCAGAGA